AUGCACUUUUUUUCAUGCCCCACAAAUAUCACAGCAAAAUUCCGCGCGGUGCUCCAUCGGGCUAUCCAGACCGGCUUGCGGGAGGGAGCAGACGACAUCCAGAUCAACGGAGCCUUGCAGCUCCAAAUCGGCUGGAUGCACAUCCACGACGAAAGGAACGUCCCAGCACUCGGACGCGUCGGCGACCCGGAUGACAUCUUGGCUUCUCUCUUGGUGGAGGACAGCAAGAUCCAACCCGAAAUGUACCAAGCCAUGCCCUCUUACCGUUUAUGCACCGUCGAUGGCCCAACUCAACUCACUGACGGACUGGCACUCAAGCUAAAGCGUUUACUAGAGGAGACUGCAGCAGUGGAGCCGCGCAGCUAG